AUGAUGUUAUCCCAACUUCUGAGUAUGAUGAGACACUUCGAGAGAAGUACGGCUUUCAGUCGGAUGAUGGAAUACUUGUUUCAUUGGACAAAGCCUCCUUUCUGGAACCUCCUCGGAAAAGUAGGAAUUUAUGUUAGGACCUUUUAUGCUGGUUACCGACUUCCAACCACUGAUUUUCUCACUGAGGUUUUCUCCCAAGCCUCCCAGUGUUUAAGAACUUCUUUCAUUUUUUCUAUUGCUAGUGAAAAGUUUACUUUCUACACCGGGAAGAAUGCUCGCGUCCUUGUUCCUGACGGGAAAAGCAGCCUGGAGAACUGGAAAAAUCAUUGGUCAUGGGUGAAUAGUUUCACUGUUGUUCCCGAGGAGUUCCCUGAAUGCAUUCUUGCUGGUAUGGGGAUGAGCACCGAGAGGCGGCGUCCUCAAGAGCAUCCUAAGUUCUUUGUCACUGAUGGGAGGGAGAGAAAAGUGUUACCUUUUUCUGAUGUGCUCGGGUGGAAGUUCCAAGGGGAUUUACUAUUUAAAAUAGUAUCUCUUUGUAAAAACCUUGCUCCUCCCCGUUAUAAAUAUGCACAAGGAUUUGCUAUUCUUGCUGUCUUGAUGCCUUCACGCUCGACCACUAUCGGCGAGACACCUUCGCUUGGCAACCCGCUUGGCGCGCCCCUUGUCGUGAUUUCUCCUCCCAUACCUUCUAAGAGUUUGGAGCAUGUGGAAGAUAACAAAUAG